AUCUUAUCUGACAAUCUGGCAUUUUCGCCUAAGAAGUAAAAAAUGCAAGGUUCUAUCGUUUUACUGGUUUUAGGGCUAACAGCAGCCUUUGCUGCUCCACUUUUGGAGGAUGAUGAAUGGGUUCUCGUUCCCGACGAGCACAUGCAACUCCGUUUAAUGAAUCUCAAGGAUGUUGAGUUUCAGAUGAACUUAGAAAACCGAGGUAGCUUCAAUGUUGUUUUCCGUUUAUACACAAGAGAAAAUCCAAAAGAAGGAGAAAUUAUUGUUCCUGGCGAUGCUGAAAGUUUGGCUAAAUCGAAUUUCAACCCGAAUAAUCCGACAAGAAUUGUCUCUCAUGGCUGGGGUGGAAGUGGAAACUCAAACACAAUCCGCACUUGCCGCGAGGCCUACCUAUACCGCGGUGAAUUCAACAUAAUUGGUGUCGAUUGGAGUGAGGGAGCAGAUAGCAAAAACUACAUCAAGGCCAGGAACAAUGUUAAUGAGGCUGCCAGACAAGUUGCUCAACUCGCCGACUUCUUAGCUGACCAUGGAAUGAAAUUCAACGAUUUGUAUUUGAUCGGUCACAGCUUGGGAGCCCAUGUUGUCGGUAUGACUGCCAAGAAAGUAACUCGUGGUAAAGUCAACACUAUUUUUGGCCUGGAUCCUGCCAUGCCACUUUUCUUCGAAAAAAAGCCAAACGAACGAUUAGCUGUUGGUGAUGCUGAAUAUGUGCAAACGAUUCAAACCAAUGCUGGAGUUUUAGGGUUCGAUGUUCCAAUUGGCGACGCUUCGUUCUAUCCAAACUGGGGUGGCGAUCAACCUGGCUGCGGCAUUGACAUUGCUGGAACUUGUGCCCACUAUAGAUCAUGGGCUUACUUAGGCGAAACCAUCAAAGAAACUCCUGAUGAGUUUAUCGGUGUGAAAUGUGAAAGUUAUCAGAGUAUUGUUGACCGUUAUUGUCCAUAUAAGGGCGUUACGGGAGUUAUGGGCGGCCAACCUUCGAACCACAGUAUCGUUGGUGUGUUCUAUUUGCCAACUGCGAAGGAUACUCCAUACGCGUUGGGAAAAUUCUAUCAAUGAAUAAAUGGAUGAUAAUAAUAGUGAUUUUAUUGAAA